AGUAAAUAAACAAAUUCUCAAUCCUUUUAUUAGAGAAGCCUUCUUCUCCAAAGUCUCGAUUUCUCUUUAUUCUUCCAAAUUCUUUUGUCUCUCUGUAUCAUCCAAAAUUCCCAGAUUUAUUCACGGAGUUAGAAGAAGAAGAUGAGGAGAGUUUUCGGCGCGAAAAAGAACACAGAGCCUCCUCCGUCCAUUCAGGAUGCCUCUGAUCGGGUUUCUCCUCUCGUUCCUAAUUAUUACUUUUUUUUUCGAUUUCAAUUGGAAGAAUUCGUGAUUGGUGUUGUGGUUUUGAGGUUUCACUUCGGAUUGACCUGAGAUUUAGAUGAAUUUUGAAUUAGAGAACCAUAAACCGUAGGAAGGAAGGUUUAAGAGCUAGCUAGCUAUUGGAACCACUAAGAUCCAGAAGAAGAAAAACUAAGAUUUGUUUUAUUUUGGUCAGAUAAAUAAAAGAGGAGAUUCGGUAGAAGAUAAGAUAAAGAAGCUUGAUGUUGAGCUCUGCAAAUACAAAGAACAGCUCAAAAAGACCAGACCUGGUCCUGCUCAAGAAGCUGUCAAAGCUCGUGCUAUGCGAGUUCUCAAGCAGAAGAAAAUGUAUGAAGGACAACGCGACAUGCUCUAUAAUCAGACAUUCAAUCUCGAUCAAGUUUCAUUCGCCGCUGAAGGACUCAAAGAUGCUCAACAAACUAUGACAGCACUAAAAUCUGCGAACAAGGAGUUGAAAGGAAUGAUGAAAACCGUCAAGAUUCAAGAUAUUGAUAAUUUACAAGACGAGAUGAUGGAUCUGAUGGAUGUUAGUUCUGAAAUUCAAGAAUCACUUGGUAGGAGCUACAAUAUUCCUGAUGGCCUUGACGAGGAUGACCUCAUGGGAGAGCUUGAUGCUCUUGAAGCUGACAUGGGAAACGAGACCGAAGCAGAUGGAAUGCCUUCUUAUCUCCAACCUGAUACAGAAACUGAUUACGAUAGCGAGCUUAACUUGCCUGCAGCACCAACAGGACACAAUGGAGCUCCACAUGGAAGAGCUCAGGCUGAGGACGAAUUUGGAUUACCAGCAGUGCCACGAGCUUCUCUCCGGGGUUAAGUUCCGGCGAUUCUCUUGUUGAUUGGAGCUACUAAGCUUUUUUAUUUAGCCUUAGUAUCGUUAUUCAUUUGUGCAUAACGUUUUAAACUUUGAUAAACCUCCUUUUGGCUUUCUCAUUGAAUUUAUAAAUUGUCUUAUUUCACAGAUAUCAUAUUUUCAAUCAUCAAAAACACAAAUGAGGAGAAUUUUCU